AUGACGCUUCAUCUCUCCAGACGCAAACAAAGACUACAUUAUUCUAACCCAUCUCUGAUUCAUCUCUUCUCAACCUCCUCCUCCUCCCCUCAAGACGGGAACGAAUCUGGCGAACAGCCUUCUCAAUCACCGUCGGAUUUCAAAAUCUCUUCCUACUUCAGUGGUAUCAAGAGUAGCCUGAAACAGCAGUCCCAGCCUCAAUCUCAGGACGGGAGGAGACAAAUCGACAGAUUCGAUCCCAAACCUCCGUCCGGCGGCGAUUUUCAGGAUAUCAGGAGGAACCUCAACGAGUUCCGACGCAGCUCCACCUGCGAGGGAUUUUCAGGAUCUUUACAAGCAGAACCUGCUAUCAAAUCCCCCCGGAGAUUUGGGGACUCAUAA